AUGGAGGAGCAGGACCCAGAAGGAAAUGGACCUGCCAAGGGAGCAAGGAAAGGCCCCCAUCCUGUCCAAACUGGGAGUGGUGUGGAAUCCUGGGAGAGAGCUGUUCCAGAGAUCUGGAAUCAGGAGCCCCUGAACUCAGACGUACAUUGCCAACGCUUCUGGCAGUUCCGCUACUGUGAGGCCGAUGGGCCCCGAGAAGUUUGCAGCCAGCUCCAUGGACUUUGCAAUCACUGGCUGAAGCCAGAGAGACAUACCAAGAAGCAGAUCCUGGACCUGGUGAUCCUGGAGCAGUUCCUGACCAUCCUGCCCCAGGAAAUGCAGAGCUGGAUCAGAGGAUGCGGACCAGAGACCAGUUCCCAAGCAGUGGCCCUGGCCGAAGGUUUCCUCCUAAGUCAGGCAGAGGAGAAGAGGCAGGCAGAACAGAGGUGGGAUCCAUCCCUGAAGAUGGAAGCUGAGUUCUCUGAAACAGAAAGAGCUCCCUUGGAGGAAGGGCAGUGGGCCCGAGCCCAGGAGUGUGCCCAAGAUGCCCUCUCACGCGAGAGACUGAAGGUGGCCCAGAAGAAAAGGUAG